GUCCUAUCGAACAGCUUGAGGAACUAUCCUUCCAACAACCACCCAACAAACCAUCAACAUGUUCUCGAAGAUGAUGAUCGUCGCUCUCCUGGCCGCGGUUGCCAGCGUCAGUGCCAAGCCAGGAGCGUUCCUGCCAGCUGCCCCACUCGCCUACACCGCUGGUGCCGCUCCUUUGGCCUACACCGCUGCUGCCGCUCCUCUGGCCUACUCGGCCCCACUGGCCGUAGCCCCGGCAGCUCUUCCCGCCGUCGCCUACACGGCCGGAUACGCCAACGUAGGAGAUUCUGCCGUCGUCACCUCGCACAACUCGCAGGUCAUCAAUCCGGCCUAUGCCGCCUACACGGCUGCCCCGGUUGUGUCCGCGUAUGCUGCCGCCCCGGCCCUGGCCUCCCCGUUCGCCUACAGUGCCCCGUUUGCCGCCAAAUACGUCCUGUAAACCGGCCACGCUAGCCAACCGU